UGGUGGCAACUUUCUUUAUAAAACCGUACGCAAAUUGUUCGUCCUCCUUAUUCAUUCAGAAGCAGCAAAGAACAUUCUGAUUUCCCAGUCAGAGAAAUAGAAAGAAAGAGAUCUGUUGUCAAUGGCGGACCUAGACAACUACAAGCCUCUUAGGAAUAUAUCGGAGGCCUUCAAGGAGCUCGCGGCCACUGUCGAUGGCCAGACCGCAGACGUCGAGGUCGCGCCUUUCUCUCGCGCGUGCUCUCUCAUCUCGCCUCUCUUUGGCUGCUUGGGUAUCGCCUUUAAGUUUGCCGAGAUAGACUACGUCGCAAAGGUUAAGGAUCUUGCAGAGGCGUCGAAUUCGAUUGGGAGCUUGCAGGCUUUGCUUGAACAAGAUAUUGCAGCAAACACAGUAAAGAAAGCCGGUAGUCAUUCGAGAAACCUCUUGAGAGUGAAACGUGGGCUCGAUAUGGUCAGGAUACUGUUUGAGCAGAUGCUAGCUACAGAAGGGAAUUCCCUGAAGGAUCCAGCUUCCAAGGCUUAUGCACAGGUAUUUGCUCCCCACCAUGGGUGGGCCAUCAGGAAGGCCGUUGCUGCAGGGAUGUAUGCCCUUCCUACAAAGCCACAGCUACUGAAGAAGCUCAAUGAAGAAGAGGAGUCUGCAAGGAUCCAAAUGCAAAGUUACAUCGCUACAUCAGCUCCUUUGAUCCUGUACAUCGACAAUCUUUUCCUUGCAAGAGAACUGGGUGUAGAUUGGUGAAAUAUGGGUCGUUACACGAUUACUCAGUUUUAUCUGAUUAGACCAAUCUAUGUUAACUUGGGAUAAGCUGGAUGUUAUUGAUGCAAUUAUACAAAUGCAACGAAAUUAUACAAUAUGAUGACAGACUUUGUUGCUAAUUUAUUGGGAGUCGGCAUUACCCACCCGUGAGUAGCUUAAGUGGUAAGGACAAACUCGUAUGCACAAGUCCCAUGUCACAAGUUCGAAUCCUCCUAGGAUCAAACUGCGAUUUAUGUGAUAGGUCAAGACAAUGGCCGAGGGUUGUUGCUUGAUCAAACUGUGAUUGUGUAUUUCUGUGUCUUCUUCUAUGGGAUUAAUUGAGAGCACACUCAAUCUUUUGUGA